AUGGCUUCUUAUAAUUACAGUACAUCCAGUUCUGAAGUUGGAACUCCCAAUACUCCUGAAUCUUCUUCUCCUACCUACUCUGUCGCAAGUCGUUCAUCAUCUACUACUAUCAGCAAUAGAAUUUCUAUAUCGACAAAUCGAAGAAAUACAGCCAUGAAUCCAAUUGGUGGUAUCGAUAUCGCUGCAAUUGAAACUGCCAUGAAGCAGUCUUCUCUUGACCAUUUGAAAGGUUAUAGUCAGAACCAUUAUGGAACUGUUACACAACCUAAAGAUACCGAAUAUAUCACCAAAUAUUCCGCAAAAGGAUAUCAGGUUCUCCGUGAGCCUGCUUGGAAUAAAGGUACUUCCUUUACUCCCGCAGAAAGAGUCAACAAAAACCUUACUGGUCUCAUCCCCCACGUCCUAGAGAGUCUGGAAACACAAUGUAUUCGAGCAAUGCGAAUGAUCAAUAGUCGUGGAACACCUAUCGACAAAUACCUAUAUCUUUCAAACAUCAAGGCACAAAGUACCGACCUUUUCUACCGUCUCCUCAUCGACAAUGUUGCAACACUCAUGCCACUCGUUUAUACUCCAACAAUAGGAGAUGUCUGCCUUCAAUACUCAACAUUAUACACCAGACCAGAAGCGUUAUAUAUUUCGAUUAAGCAAAGAAAGUCUAUGGUCACAAUUUUGAAGAAUUGGCCAUAUCCAGACCCUUCAAUUUGUGUCGUCACCGAUGGAUCACGUAUUCUUGGCUUGGGAGACUUGGGUGUAAAUGGAGUCGGCAUUUCGAUCGGCAAAUUAGCUCUAUACACAGGUGCAGCUGGUAUUCAUCCCGAAAAGACCUUACCCAUUGUUCUCGACUGCGGUACUGCGAAUGAAGAUAAUCUCCGAGAUCCUUUGUAUCUUGGUCUCCGAAUGAAGAGACCUGGUCCCCAAGUCGAACAAGAAUUUAUGGAUGAAUUCAUGGCAGCAGUAAAGGAAGUCUACCCAGAAAUGCUUAUUCAAUUUGAAGAUUUCGAAUCCGAAAAAGCUUUCAGAUAUUUGGAUAGAUACAAGAAUGAGAAGAUGUUCAAUGAUGACAUUCAAGGGACUGGUGCUGUUGUAUUGGCUGGAUACAUUGGCGCAGUAAAUCUUUCCGGGGUGCCAAUUGAAGACCAAAGAUUAGUUUUCAUGGGAGCUGGUUCGGCUGGUGUAGGUGUUGCCAAACAAGUCAUGGAAUAUUAUACCCGUCGCGGUCUCUCGGAGCAACAGGCUCGCGAUAAGUUCUGGCUCGUUGAUACCAAAGGCCUCGUGACCAAGGAUCGAGGAGACAAAUUAGCGGAGCAUAAGAAGAUCUUCGCCAGAACGGAUAAUAAUGGUCAUCAAUUCAGUACUUUGGAAGAAGUCAUCGAAUACGUCAAACCUACCGCUUUAAUCGGUCUCACAGCCACUUUUGGAAUUUUCACCGAAUCAGUCAUCAGAGCCCUCAAAGUAUCGGUUGAUGCUGGCGGUUUGGGAAGAAGACCAAUCCUUUUUCCUCUGAGCAAUCCUCUUACGAAAGCCGAAUGUACUUUCGAACAAGCAAUUACAUGGACCGAAGGAACUGUUAUUUUCGCCUCCGGAUCCCCAUUCUCUCCCGUGACCAUCAAGCACUCGGAUAGUGUCACGACAUAUUAUCCCAAUCAAGGAAACAAUGUUUAUGUUUUCCCGGGGUUGGGCUUAGGAGCGAUCUUGGCCAAAGCAAAGAGGGUUACAGAUGCAAUGGUUUAUCAAAGUGCGGAGGCAUUAAGUGGAUGUUUGAAUAAAGAGGAAUUGUUGAUGGGGUUGAUCUAUCCGAAGAUUGAGAGAGUGAGAGAUGCAAGUGUAGUGGUGGCGAGAGAAGUUAUGAAGGCGGCGAGGAGAGAGGGGGUUAGUGGGUUGGGAGAGGAAUUGUGGGAGGAGUGGGAGGAAUGGGGGGAUGUGGCGUUGGAAAAUUGGAUUAGGAAACAGGUUUAUGAUCCUAGGUGGUGA